AUGCAUAUGCUUCACUUAAACCCUAGCUCCCUCUUCUUCCAGUCAAAACCCAGUUCUUCAAUCCCGCUCUCACCGGCAGUUUCCACUUCAUUCCGCUGCUUUGCUGUCGGAGGAGACGUCCCCGCCAGGCCAGACUCCCCCCGGUGGUUCCCAUUCAUUUCUUCUUCUGCUGCUGAUGCCGGCGGCUUCCGGACUGGGAAAGACUCCGAUGGAGGAGGAGUUGGUUCCGGCUACGGUUCUGCCGGCUUGGACGGCGGCUUGUCCCAGAGGCGAGGGGACAGCGGCGGGAGUGGAAGCAGGUUAAAUGCAAGGGAGAAGAAGUGGUCGAGGAAUAGGGAGAGCUACUUGGUGGAUGAUGAUGAUGUGCUCCCACUUCCCAUGACUUAUCCUAAUACUAAACCCGUCACUCCCAAAGAGAUUGACAAGCGAUUGAGAUGUGACCCUGAAGUUGAGGAUUGUAGGGAAGUGGUUUAUGAAUGGAUUGGAAAGUGCAGGAGUUGCAAAGGGACAGGGGAUGUCAGUUAUUUUAACAAAAGAGGGAAAGAGAUUAUCUGCAAAUGUGUGCCUUGCCAAGGGAUCGGAUAUGUCCAGAAGAUUACUGCUCGGAAGGACAUUGAAGUAAUGGAGGAUUUGGACAAUGGAAAGCCACCAUGA